CAACUUGCUGUCGCCACUGCAAGACCGCUGUUGGUUGCACAUCAACCAUUUCUACUUGUUUCUUUGAGUCUGCAUCAAUCAUGUUGAGCAUAUCAGCUGUUAUCGCACGUCUUUUGAUUGUACUGUUGCUGCUGACUAGCUCUCUCACAGUUUCUGCUGGAAAUCAAGUAGAACGGCCUUCGACACCACCUGUCAUCGCGCCUCCAUCAGAUUCUCCACUAGUUGUUAAAAGUACGCCGCUUCCCUUAUCGUCUAGGUUUAAAGGAUCACUUACAUACUCUUGCCAAUUGCUCAGCAAAUUAACAAAUUCGUCAGAUUCUCUUCGCAAAAACGAUCUUGGCUUUGAUGGGUGCCCUAAGCAUUUACUCAUGGGAACGGAAAUGGUCAACAUCACGUUCGUCUAUCAUCCACCAACACUUAAUACAUGGAUUAGCAGAGCAGUUUUAUCUGUUCGGCGCGCAACUAUGUCUAGAAUUCCUGCUCCCAACUCGACAGUGACGCCUGAUUUCUGCAAUGCAUGCAAAACUGCGUGCAUUGGAUGUGUAACCGAUACUUCCAAAAUGAUAAUGCUGUUGACCGUUGAAAUCCCGCUCACUAUGUCUGGUAUAUUUCACUACAUCUACGAUCCACAAGUCUCGCAUAUCUCUGCUAGCGAAGUCAAUGAAAAUGGUGCUCAGGGUCUUGAUACUCAGGCACUCAUUCAGGUUCAAGAGGAUACCUAUAUCGGUAACAUUACACUCCCCAACACUUCCAAUUUCACUCUUCCAGACAGUGAAAUCAUCACUGGUGUAUUUUCCUUUCUUGCUCCUCGCAUGGGCGUUGUCAACGCAACUCUAUAUACUUUACUCGCAGCUCAUCCAGCCAAUGGAUCGCAAAGCAAUCUCUCUGAUCCCAGCAGCUCAACAGCAUCUGCUACUCCAGCACGAACAAUGGUGAUUGGUCCUGGUAGUUCACAAACCAGCUCUGCGUCUACUGUUGGUUUUGUUCACACAAAGCAUUACUACCCAAUCAUGGCAAGCAGCAUCGUGGUGCUUCUGUGUAUGAUUUGACAUACGGCUAUUUUCCUAUUAGCAAUUGGUGUAUUGAUCAUGCCAUUUUUUCCUGAUCCAAUCUCAUAUUCCAUUGUAACCUAGUUAUUAUUUUGAUAAUUUUUUGGUCAUUGCAUGGCAAUGAGCCUCCUGCCAUUCAUCAUACAAGAUCAUGGUUGCUUUUUAUAGCGCAUGCAUUUCCAAAUCAAACGACACUAUUUUUAUUUCUCACCCGUGAUCCUUGAAUGUACCUUUUUCUAUAGCAGACAUUAUUAGAAUACCAAUUCUGUUUUACUAGUUCAUAUGUUUGCAUGUUUUUCAAAAACUGAUCACUUUCUUCUACACUUUAUCCAUUGGUGCUUUGCCUAGGCAGUACCGCCAUCUCAAUUUUUUAUCGAAUAGAUUGUAUUUUUGAAUG